AACCAAAAGAUUUCGAUGAGACAUUAUCAGACUUCUUUCCCAAGAGUUCUUAUGGUAGCGAUCAAACGUAUUAUGAACUUGAUGCAAAAGAUUUUGUAAUACGUGAUAGGUUCAAGUAUAUAUAUAGUCAAAAUAGUACUUUAUUAGAAGAUUCUCAACUUUAUUUUAGUGAUAAUGAAUUGAUGAUAGACGAUUCGUCAUCUUCAAAUACAU